CGAGGGCGGAAGAAAGAGAAAUCAUUUCUCCUUCCCGAGUCCGCAUGGCCCACUCACCUGGAAUUUGUUACUGACUCUGCCGUAGCAACCAACUCCCUCCUCCACUAUCCCGUUUUGCAGUUGUCUCCAUUUUGUCUACACUUCCCCUCCCCCGACUGUCGGUCCUCUCAUUGAUCAAAUUACCACUCGACAGGAUCAGGCAGCAUCAUGUCUUCUCCAGCGCCUAAUCGUCGCAGAGGUCGCUCCGCCAGGGAUUCGACCAUUUCCUCCCCUGCCCGCUCAACCCGCUCAACCAGAUCUCAACAACAACCUCAGACCAGCAGUCCUCCUCCCAGAGAUGAUCAUUCGCAAACCACUCCCCGCGCAUCUAGGCGGUUACGGGGUGAAGGCCCUGUUCCAUCGUCGUCGCCGAUGUUUUUUCAAUCUUCUCCUAUGAAGGGAAACAGCAGCAGCGCAGAGACCCCGGAUCUCAGAAUGGAAGAGCCUAGCUCACCGGUCAGAGCAUCUUCGACAAUGGACGAUGGUGAAACCACACCUCGAGGAAAUGCUGCUGCUAUCAGAGAUUCAUCUCCCAUUCGCUAUGUCUCUAGCUCCAGCCCAACCCGUUCUCUCGGUCGCCGGGCGGAGCGGUCCGAUAUUCCCAGCAGUAGUAGCGGCCUUUUUGUGUCGUCUCGUUCGGUCACAGAUGGCAACCGGGGUGUCUCCCGUCGCAAUGACCUCCAUUCGGGCGGGUUUGGAUCAACCCCAAGUCGCCGCCGCAGAAUCUUCGUCGACGCCAAUGGUGUGCCCACCACUGAUGCUGAGCCGCGCUCUGACGCAACCUUCUCCAACAUUCACCCCGAUACAUCCGAAGCGGAAGCUCUCGGUGGCAGCUCGACUCGUGUGAUUUGGGGUACCAACAUCUCCAUUCAAGACUCUAUGUCCGCUUUCAAAAACUUCAUCUACAAUUUCGCUACCAAGUAUCGCCUCUGGGCAGAAGGUGCAUCCGAGGACGAAACUCGGACAAUGGGAAAGGCUGCAGAAGAGAGGGAAUAUAUUACCAUGCUGAACACAAUGCGCCAGCUCGGUGUCACCAAUCUCAACCUGGACGCAAAGAACCUCAAAGCAUACCCUUCGACGCUCAAGCUAUGGCAUCAGUUGCACGCAUAUCCACAAGAAAUCAUCCCUCUAAUGGAUCAAACUGUCAAGGAUGUUAUGGUGGAGCUCGCAAGCAAGGAGAUGCAGCGGCAACGGAGCCACAACCGGUCCCACCAGUCAAGAGAUCUGAGUUCCGCACCUGCCGUUCCCAGCUCCGAUGCACUCAUGAGUGAUGCUGGCCGAGCCCCGCAGACUGAAAUCCAAGACCUCGUCCAGGAAGUUGAAUCUAACUCCUACAAAGUCAUGCCUUUUGGACUUGACUCUGCAGUCAAUAUGAGAGAUCUUGACCCUGCUGACAUGGAUAAGUUGAUCAGCAUCAAGGGUCUGGUCAUCAGAACCACCCCUAUUAUCCCUGACAUGAAAGAGGCUUUCUUCCGCUGCCAAAUCUGUAACCAUAGUGUCCAGGUCGACAUCGAUCGUGGUAGGAUUGCAGAGCCUGCUGAAUGUCCCCGUCCUAUCUGCAAGGCCAAGAAUUCGAUGCAGAUUAUUCACAACCGCUGUGCCUUUGCCGACAAGCAGGUGAUCAAACUCCAAGAAACCCCCGACAGUAUUCCUGAUGGUCAAACGCCCCACUCCGUCUCUCUAUGCGUGUACGAUGAGCUUGUCGAUGUCUGCAAAGCGGGUGACCGUGUUGAAGUUACUGGUAUUUUCCGAUGCAAUCCUGUUCGCGUGAAUCCUCGUCAGCGGACACAGAAGGCCCUCUUCAAGACCUAUGUGGACGUCUUGCACGUGCAGAAGAUCGAUCGCAAGAAGUUGGGUAUCGAUGCGUCGACUGUUGAACAAGAGCUUUCGGAACAGGCCGCUGGGGACUCUGAGCAGACACGCAAGAUCACGGCUGAGGAGGAGGAGAAGAUCAAGCGAACUGCCACCCGGCCGGACGUCUACGAACUGCUGUCUCGUUCCCUGGCACCCAGUAUCUACGAGAUGGAUGAUGUCAAGAAAGGAAUCUUGCUCCAGAUGUUUGGAGGCACAAACAAGACUUUUGAAAAGGGAGGUAACCCGCGCUACCGUGGCGACAUCAAUAUCUUACUCUGCGGUGACCCCUCGACGUCCAAAUCGCAGCUUCUUCGUUACGUCCACAAGAUCGCCCCGCGCGGUGUCUAUACCAGCGGUAAGGGUUCCUCGGCCGUCGGCCUUACAGCUUAUGUGACCCGUGAUCCCGAGACCCGCCAGAUGGUUCUUGAGUCUGGCGCCUUGGUUCUCUCUGACGGUGGUAUCUGCUGCAUUGAUGAAUUUGAUAAGAUGAAUGAGUCGACGCGAUCAGUUCUGCACGAAGUGAUGGAGCAGCAAACUGUCUCGGUUGCCAAGGCCGGUAUCAUUACCACACUCAAUGCUCGAACCAGUAUCUUGGCCUCGGCCAACCCCAUCGGCAGUCGCUACAACCCCAACCUUCCCGUUCCCCAGAACAUUGACUUGCCGCCUACUCUUCUUUCUCGAUUCGACCUUGUGUAUCUCGUUCUUGAUCGGACCGAUGAGCAGGAAGACCGUCGGUUGGCCAAGCACUUGGUGAACAUGUACCUGGAAGACAAGCCGGAGAACGCAAGCAGCGAGGAAAUUCUGCCAAUCGAGUUCUUGACGGCCUACAUCACCUACGCCAAGACUCGGGUGCACCCAGUGCUCACUCCUGCUGCAGGCAAAGCGCUAUCCGACGCAUAUGUCAAUAUGCGCAAACUGGGAGACGACAUCCGGUCGGCGGACCGCCGUAUCACGGCCACGACCCGUCAAUUGGAAUCGAUGAUUCGUCUGUCCGAGGCUCACGCGCGGAUGCGCUUGUCGACCGAAGUGACGGCGGACGAUGUGGAGGAGGCCGUGCGUUUGAUCCGGUCGGCCAUCAAGCAAGCGGCAACGGACGCUCGCACCGGUCUGAUCGACAUGGGUCUCCUAACCGAGGGCACCAGCGCCAGCGAGCGUCGCAACCGUGAAGCGCUCAAGCGUGGCGUGCUUGCCGUGGUGGAUGAGGUGGCCGGUCCCACCGGCGGCGCCCGCUGGGCCGACGUAUACCGGGUCCUGAAUGAGCAGAGCAGCGCCGGCGUGGAUAGCGCGCAGUUCAACGAUGCUGUGCGUGCGUUGGAGACCGAGGGGGCGAUCAAUAGUAGGUUCGGGGAACAUCUCCGAUCAUCUAUGAUCAAGGAGUACUACUGGUACUAUAUCGCCUAUGAGGAACUCAAGAAAGCCUUGAGGACUGAAUACGUCACUGAACCGACCCCCGAAAAUGCCAACCCCGAUCGCCAGCCCUGGUCGGAAGACGACGAGAAGCAAUUCGUGACGCUGCUGGAGAGCGAAUUGGACAAGGUCUUCAACUUCCAGCGGAUAAAGAGCGCCGAGAUUGCUCGCCGCAUCCAGGCCAGCGAGCAGGAGGUGAACGAUGUCGUGUCGCGCCUCGAGAGUGCCACCAGCGCCCGUUCCGACAGUGUCUCCAAUGCCCGCUCCAGCCGGACUGCGCCCUCGGACGAGGAUUUCUUGGUGCUCGAGCAGGCCUUGAGUGACAUUAUCGCCGACGUGCAUGAUCUGGCCAAGUUCACGCAACUGAACUAUACCGGGUUUCAGAAGAUUAUCAAGAAGCAUGAUAAACAAACCGGGUGGCAUCUGAAGCCCGCCUUUGCUGCGCGCCUCAACGCCAAGCCAUUCUUCAAUGAUAACUAUGAUGCGCUGGUCGUCAAAUUGUCUAAGCUCUAUGAUCUCGUGCGGACCAAGGGUAACCCCGUUAAGGGCGACUCGGCGGCCGGUGGCAGCCAGCAGAACUUUGUCCGUCAGACAACCAAGUAUUGGGUGCACCCAGACAACAUCACGGAGCUAAAAUUGAUUAUUCUCAAGCACCUUCCCGUUCUGGUCUUCAACCCGAGCAAAGAGUUCGAAGAGAAGGACGCUGCCAUUUCUUCGAUCUACUACGACAACACCGAUACCUGGGAGCUCUAUCAAGGGCGAUUGAAGAAGACGGAAGGUGCAGAAGCUAUCCGACUGCGUUGGUACGGUGGCAUGGAGAGCGAUCAGAUUUUCGUGGAACGCAAGACCCACCGGGAGGACUGGACUGGAGAGAAGUCGGUCAAGGCUCGAUUCUCCCUGAAAGAGAAGCAUGUCAACGACUAUCUGGCUGGCCGUUUGACGGUAGAGUCGAUUUUCGAAAAGAUGCGCAGAGAAGGCAAGAAGAGCGAGGAGGAAAUUUCCAACCUCGAGCAACUGGCGCGGGAAAUCCAGUACCGAGCCAUUACGCGACGAUUGGUGCCAGUCACUCGCUCGUUCUACCACCGCACAGCUUUCCAGCUUCCCGGAGACGCCCGCGUGCGUAUCUCCCUCGAUACUGAAUUGACGAUGGUGCGGGAGGAUAACCUCGAUGGUCGCCGCAGAGCUGGGAACAACUGGCGUCGCAUGGAUAUCGGCGUAGAUUAUCCGUUCUCACAAUUACCCCCGGAGGACGUGGAACGAUUUCCCUAUGCUGUUCUGGAAGUUAAGCUUCAGACCCAGGCGGGCCAAGAGCCACCCAAGUGGAUCAGAGAGCUGACAGCUAGCCAUCUGGUGGAAGCUGUGCCCAAGUACAGUAAAUUCAUCCACGGCACGGCCACGCUCUUCCCCGACCGCAUCAAUCUCCUUCCAUUCUGGAUGCCGCAGAUGGACGUCGACAUUCGCAAGCCAGCCACCCGUGCAUUCGGUAUCCAGCGUCCGCCGCCCAGUACGUCAUUGUCCGCGGCAGAAACCCCGGAGGAUGAGAUCUCCGACGACGAGGAUGACAACACGGCCCAGUGGCCUAAUGGUAUGCAUCGGGGCGAGGCCACCGAUGCUGACCACUAUGCGCUCUUCGCAGAUGAUGAUGGUAAUGCGCUGGACAUUGAGGAACGCAUCGCCGCUCAGCCCCUCCCCGGGGACGAGGACUACCCGUUAUAUGACUCGGACCAGGAAUCCUCGAUCGACUCGGAUGAAUUGGAAGAAGCUCGUCGGGUCGGAGGCACAUACUACUACAAGCAGUUGGCUAAAUACUACACCGACCACGCCGGAUCUGCGUUGAUCCAUCUCCUCAAGGCCCUCAUCCCCCGGCCUACACCCACCAGCCUCCCAGCACCGGAGCAAAGCGGCAUUGCCGUCAUCGGCAACAAGCGGACCGUCAAGCGAUUCCACGCGCCCAAGGGCAAACGCAUCCACGUCCCCGUCCGCGUCGAACCCAAGGUCUACUUCGCCGCCGAGCGCACCUUCCUCUCCUGGCUCGAAUUCUCCAUCCUCCUCGCCACCAUCGCCGCCACCCUCCUCAACUUCGGCGACGACUACAUCACCUUCGCCUCCUCAUGGGCCUUCACCAUCCUCGCCUCCAUGUCCCUGAUCUACAGCCUGAUGCUCUACAUCUGGCGCGUCGACAAGAUCCGCAAGCGCCGCGACGUCAAGCGCGUCUAUUACGAGAAAUGGGGCCCCACCGUCGUCGGCCUGGGUCUCGUCGCCAUCGUCAUGGUCAAUUUUGGUUUGCGUGUCCGACAGAAUGGCUUUUUGGCGCGUGAUGGCGCCGGCCAUGACCUCGAUGCCCCUCAUGGCGGGGAGUUGUAAGGUCCAUGAUUUCCUUUGUGUGCUUUCAUUCAGUAGUUUAUAUCUCUGUCUCUACUGCGUAAGGAAUGAUGAUGAUGGAUGGAGGUUAUAUAUUCAUGAUAUGUAGUUACGGCGAAGUCUUUGGUUCAGCUUUGAGUCUGUGUUUGUGUUUCGGGUUGGCUCCCUGUUUUCUUGGCCGAAAUGACGAAACAAAAAGCAUUUGUUGAUUAUGAGCGCCUGCGGUGGAUUGUAUAAAUGUCGAUGGAAUGAGAUGAAUUGGUUCAUCGUGAUGGUUGUUGUUUGUCUGUCUGUCUGUUGUUGUUGUUGUUGUUGAUACCAUACUAUACUAUACCACUGCGGUGAUGAUAAAUUGAUUCGAG